UCACCUUUGUCCUCGUUUACUUUAAUGAGCAACAGCAACAAUGAGCCUUGGCAUAAUUGCAAAUGGAAUGGGGGGGAAAAAAAAAAAGUCAGAUUGGUGAAGGAAAAAAACAUUUGUCUUUCUGUGGAUAUUAACAAAAUGUAUAGAGCUCGUGCACCUACGUCAUCAAAUCACGUCAUUGGUUAGAAGUGCCGGUCAAACAAAGCAUUGUUGAAUGCUAAGUCGGUUGGAGACAGCACAAAAAUACGUCUUAUAGCACGACACCCAGAGUUUUGCCCGAUACCGUUAGACAUUUAGAUAAACGAGAGUACGUGGAAAAAUGAGAGACACUGGGCAUAGAGGACCCCGAAGUCGACGUUUUCGCCGGUAAGAAAUUGGACUGUUAACCCGCUUCCGCUUGUCUUGGACAACUGGACCUACACAUGGAUCUGAUCACUGGCGGCACGGUGGAUCUGCUGGUAAAGCGCUGGCCUUACAGUUCUGAGGUCCCGGGUCCAAUCCCGGAACCGCCUGUGUGGAGUUUGCAAGUUCUCCCCAGUUUCCUCCCACAAUUGGAGACUAAAUUGCCCAAAGGUGUGACUGUGAGUGCGACUAUGUGCCCUGCGAUUGGCUGGCGACCAGUUCAGGGUGUACGCCGUCUCUUGCUCGUUGACAACUGGGAUGGGCUCCGGAACUCCCCGCGACCCUCGUGAGGAUAGGGGUUGAAGAAAAUGGAUGCAUGGAUGUUUUAGAUAACUAGUGGUGAUGUACAAGGGGGGGUGGGGGGGAAUACUUAUGCAUGUAUUUUGUGUAGCUAGCACUUUUCUUCACUUGACUCCAUUCUCGGGUGACUCCUCCAUCAACAAAUUCUAAUACAGUACUGACUUAUUUUUGCUCUCCUUGAGAUUGUUAUACGCAUACUUUUGUAAUCUUUGCAAAAACGUCAUGUGAUCAAAACUGCUGAGCAGUUUCCAACAUUUGCAAAGCUAUGGGAUAACUUUGUUUUGAUAGCAUGUUUGUUUUUUUUUUUUUAAACUUUUGUACUUUUUAGAUUGAGUGAUGUUUUUAUUUUUAUAAAAGACAAUUAAAAAAAAAUAACAAUAGUGAGUAUCAGUACUUCAAUUUAAGAGUAAUAUAGAGUAAAUCCAGUGCUUAGGCCAGCACUUCUUGCGGCCCGGAAGCGCUAGGACCCGGGAGACCUCUUCGAGGCGCCGCAAGUGAGUGCGGCAAGCGGGCUGAAAGAACCGCAAGAUUGGGACUUGACACCGGAGCCAACUGGACCGGCGCACAGACAAGAACGGCUUCUCCAAGCUUUCCUCGAGUUGCGCGAGGCGAGAAAGAGAGAGAGAGAAAAAACUGGUGAACAGAUUUUUUUUUUUGGGGGAGGGGGGGAGAAGAAAAACGUUUUGGGGAAACUUUUGGUCUUGACUGCUUCAUUCAGAUAUCAGCGCGACUUUGAGUGAGAGUCGCUGGAGAUUCGGUUCGAAAAGGGACUGCACGCAUCUGCACGCUCCCCCCAGGAGAAAGUUGGAGGAGAAGUUGGGAUUUCCCGCUGGAUUUCAAAUCAACACACGCAAAAUCAUAAUCAAAGAAAAGCUUUUGGAGCAAAAGAAAACGAACACAUCGGGAAAGGAAGACCAGUUUCGGUUUUUUUUUUUUUUUUUUUUAAAGCAAGGGACCGGCAGCUGCAGCGAAGUCCCCGGCAGGCUGUGUCAUCUUUUCCCAAAAGUGAGGAGAACUUUGCUCGCUCCAUGCCGGAGAAAUGGGUUGACCGGAGGCUGAGCUGAGAUCCAGCCCAGGGGACAAUGAGCGCGCCCGGCCGCCCCGGCAUCCCUGCGCCGCCGCCGGCUCGCCUGGUACUGAUGCUGCUGCUGCUGCUGCUGGCCGCCGUCGGGCCGCCGCCGGCGCGGGCGUGCCGCGGCCCCCUCGGCUGCAGCUGCGCGGAGGAGCGCUCCAAGGCGCACGGGGCGCAGGCCGCCCCCGGGGGGCGCAAAGUGAGCUGCGCCAAGGAGGAGCUGUCCGAAGCGCCCGACGCCAGCCUGCUGCCCAACAGAACCGUCACCUUAAUACUGAGCCACAACAAAAUCCGAGUCCUGAACAAUGGCUCCUUCUUUGGACUGAAUGCCCUGGAGAAGCUGGAUCUCAAGCACAACUUAAUCAGCACCAUCAUGCCCGGAGCCUUCCAAGGCCUGUCUGAGCUGCGGAAACUCGACCUUUCCAACAACCGCAUUGGCUGCCUGACUCCAGACAUGUUCCAAGGGUUGACUAAUCUCACGAAAUUGAACUUAUCUGGAAACAUCAUAUCAACCUUGGAUCCGGGCGUGUUUCAGGAGCUGCCGUCGCUUAAGCUUGUGAACUUCAACUCAGAAUAUCUGUCAUGUGACUGUGGGCUGCACUGGAUCCCUGGCUUCUUUCGCAGCAGCUCGGCUCGACUGGGGGAUGAAACCCUGUGUGCCUAUCCGAGAAGCCUGCGGGGGAAACCCCUACGAGGACUUCGGGAGAGCCAGUUGAGCUGUGAAGGCCCCCUGGACCUGCACACCCUGACGCUGCUGCCUUCCCAGCGUCAGGUGGUCUUCAAAGGAGAUCGACUGCCGUUCCAAUGUACUGCUGCCCUGGUGGACAAAGUCACCGCUUUGCACUGGCAUCACAACGGUCACCUAGUGACCUCUGACCCGGAAAAGGGUGUCCAAUUGGAGAGCAAUGUCGUACAUGAUUGCACCUUUGUUACCAGUGAACUUAUUCUAUUCAACGUACAUGUGGAGGCCAGUGGCGAGUGGGAGUGUGUGGUUACAACCGGGAGAGGAAACACAUCUCGCUCUGUUGAAAUAGUGGUGCUAGAGAACAGCGCCUCCUUCUGCCCAGAGGAUAAAGUUGUCAACAACCGAGGAGAGUUCAGGUGGCCAAGAACUCUGGCGGGAAUCACCUCCCAUCAGUACUGCCUGCAGCUCCGUUACCCCUCCCUGUCUGUAGAGGGGGACGUGGAGCAGAAAAAAGCCUCUCGCCUGUGUGACCGCUUUGGAAAUUGGCAGGAAGGCAACUACACCAACUGUCACUACACAAAUGGCAUCACCCGAGUCCUGCAUACUUUCAUCCUGAGGCCCAUCAAUACAUCAAACGCUGUCACUCUGGCCCACCAAGUGCGCACAUACACCCUGGAGGCGGCGGGCUUCACCGACUCGGUGGACGUGCUCUAUGUUGCGCAGAUGAUGGAGAAGUUUAUGGAAUACGUCAGACAGCUGCAGGAGUUGUCAGAGGUGUUGGUAGAGAUGGGCAGUAACCUGAUGCAGGUGGAUAACCAGAUCCUUGCUCUGGCCCAGAGAGAGAAGAGAGCCUGCAGCUCCAUAGUGGGCUCCUUGGAGUCUCUGGCCUGGCCUCAGCUGCACAGCCACGCUCAGGACUUCUCCAUGGUGUCGAGGAACAUCGCUAUGGAAGCCCACUUGGUUCGACCGGCCCACUUCACCGGCAUCACCUGCACCGCAUAUGAGCGUCGUGACGUCUCGACAGCCACCGCCGGAAUGGAAAUGCAGGAGUUCACCCACGAACAGCAACUUCGUUUUCGCUGCAGCACAGGCACCCACAACACAUCUCUGGACAAUUUUCCCCUCAAGAGUUCAGUCGCCGUGGCCUCCGUGACCCUGCCUGCUACUUUGUUUCCUUCUGAUGCGCCUGCAGACUGCAAGCUGCAGUUCGUGGCCUUCCGAACUGGAAGCUUUUUCCCUCUGACUGGGAAUUCGAGCGGCAGCGGGGGACGCUCCCAAAGGCACAGUGUCAACACUCCGGUCAUCUAUGUGGGCCUUGACGGCUGCGCUAUGUGGAACCACUCAGAGCCCGUCUGGGUCUCGCUCCGCCACCUGUCACCUGGAAGCGACGGCGUGGCGGCCCAGUGGAGUCCCAAGGCGCCGAACAAACACGGAGGCUGGAGCCCGGAGGGAUGCCAGCUCGUCCGCAGCGGCGGCAGCACCUCCACCAUGCGCUGCUCUCUGCUCAGCAACUACGCCGUGCUGCAGGAGGUGCCGGACUUGCCCAAGUCUUCACCCAUCUCCGCUCGGGUGCUCCACCCUGUGGUGUACGCCUGUACUGCACUGCUCCUCCUCUGCCUCUUCACCAUCAUCAUCACUCACAUACUACACCACAGUUCCAUUCACAUUUCAAGAAAAAGCUGGCAUACAUUACUGAAUACUUGCUUCCACAUCGCCAUGACAACAGCCAUCUACGCAGGAGGCAUAAGCCUGACCAGCUACCCGGUUGUCUGUCAAGCGGUGGGCAUCGCGCUGCACUACUCCUCGCUGUCAACCCUGCUGUGGAUCGGCGUGAGCGCCAGGGUCAUCUACAAAGAAGCUAUAUGGAGAAUGCCGCCGCCGGCAGAAGGGGAUUCUUCCGUUCCGCCGGCUCAGCGACCGAUGCUCAGGUUCUAUUUGAUUGCUGGUGGCGUUCCUCUCAUCAUUUGUGGGAUCACUGCAGCUGUCAACGUCAGCAACUACGGAGACAACAGCCCUUACUGCUGGCUGGUGUGGCGCCCCAGUCUGGGGGCUUUCUUUGUCCCGGCAGGCUUGGUGAUGUUGGUGACUUGGAUCUACUUCCUGUGCACUGUGUUCUGCCUGAGGCAGCGUACAACCAAAGAAUGCGCAGGAACCGCACCGUCUUCUCCUGCGAUUGAGAACCAGCCUGCACUGGCCGGAAGCGUCAGCCUUCUUUCUACAGACUCAGUUGUGGGUCCUUUAAAUUCCAACGCGGCAUCAGUGGACCAGUACUCGCUAAAGACACAGUUUUUAAUUUUGGUGGCCACCCACUUCCUGUUUGUGGUUCUGUGGUGUUGUGGGGCCAUGGCGGUGUUCCUGACUGGGCACGCCAGCUUGUUGUUUAGUUCUCUUUACGGAAUGGCGGCCAUCGCCCUAGGGGUGUUCCUGGUGGUGCACCACUUCUUCCGACGAGCAGAUGUGCAGGCUUCGUGGCUGCCGUGCUGCCCGGGUCACGGCGGCGCCCGUCCCGCGUCCGCCUACGUGCGCACCUGCACGACGAGAAGCGCAGCGCAGACCUCGGAGCAGGGGUCCCAACUUUUCAUCAACUGCCAUCAGCCCGGUGACUCGCACAACUCUUCGUCGACUCACUCGUCAUCCACACCGAGCGGCAUCAGCAGUGUCGGACCCGGGCCCUGCAAGCUCACCAACCUGCUGCAGGUGGCGCAGGACACUCCGAGCAACGCCUCGCGGGCCGCUGCCAGUAUCAACACUGGCACCAGCACAGACAAUGUCGCCAAGCUAUCAAAUCAUAUUUUUCCCAGCAUUAACUCUUCGGUUCCAGUGCAUCCUCAGAGAAGGAAAGUGAACAGCAGGACUAAGCAAGGCGCCGGCCAGUACCACCAUCGGGGCGAUGGCAGAGGUCACUACCGUCUCAAAGCCUUAAGGACAGCAGGAGGCGGGGGCAGCCUCGGAGCUUUGGGUCCCACGGGCUCCGAGCACCUCAGCUCAUCACACGGGGGCCAUAAACAAGCCACCAGUGAGAACGGGAGCGUUCAUCACAGCCUCCCGGAGAGCCACGCGGGCCCGCUGGCAAACGGAAAGCGCGUGACUCAGUCGGUGGCCACCAGCCCUUCGGAGGGCAGCGACGGGGGGAGCAGCGGCAGCCGCAAACCUUACCCACUCCUCCCGUCAGCCGCCAGCAGGGUGGCCAUGAACGGCGCGCACAGACGUUGCAUCAGCAGAGACAAUCUGAAACUCGCGGCGGCUGCGGAGCGGGAGGCUAAGCGUUGCUCUUACCCUUUGAACAGCAUCACCACGACCGUGCCGGGGGCCGCCGCUCCGAACGGCGCCCUGAAGAACUCGGUCCUGGAGCUGGACCGCGACUUGAGCGGCACGGAUCACUCCCAAAGUUCUCUGGGAGUGAAGAGCAGUUUUUGGAAAAGCGAAACCACUGUGUAAUCUGUACUUGUACAUGAACUUCAGUGUUCCCUUGACAGCUUUUUGUGAUGAGAAAAGACUUUUAAAUGUGCUCCCGUUUAAUUCUAAGUAAUUUAAGACCGAUCCAGGACCCCAAAUUGCUACUUAAGUUUCCGUGGCAAAUCAUUUGAAAUGGUUAAAAAAAAAAAAAACUAAGAUAUUCUUUUUAUUCAACAGACAAUAUUGCAGAAUUGUGCAUAUAUGAGGUGUAUGUGGAUUUAAGUUUAAUAAGAGAUUUAUUAUUUUAGUUUUGAUCUUUCUAUGCAUUUCAGAAGACUUUCAUAGUAUACAGCUUUAUUCAAUUCCUUUCAUGGUCAUGUUUUCUUCAAUUUGUGUGCAUGCGCACUGUGUGUGUGCGUGCGUGCGUCGCUGUACAUAAUCCAUUGUCAAAAAGAAGAAUGUGAGAUUUCUGAAUACAGACUGCAAAUAAUUUUUUUCAGCAUUAUGGAUUCCCAUCCGCACUCCUGAUAAUAAAAUCAAAUUGUGGAGGAUGUACAUAUGAUUAACAAAUGGGAUAUAUAUAUAUAUAUAUAUAUAUAUAUAUAUGCAUGUCAGUCAGGUAUCAUCCAUUCUUGUGGCAUUUGCUUAUCAAAUGUUAGGCAAAUGGUUGUAGACCAGCAGUUCAUUUUUUAAUCUUUGCAUUUUAUUCAGCUACUAAGGAAGUUGUAUGAGGAACUUGGCCUUGCGCUAUCAAUCUUAUUGUCACCAUCUUUUGCCCGUUGUUCAAAGGAAGUCUUUGUGCAAUCCAGAGAACGAUACAACAAAUGGAACAACUUCCUAAUACGCACACACAUUGAAUAAUUACUGUGAAGAAAAUAAGUAUUUGAACACCCUGCUAUAUUGCGAGUUGUCCCAUUUAGAAAUCAUGGAAGGGUCUGAAAUUUUCAUGGUAGGUGCAUGUCCACUGUGAGAGAGAUCAUCUAAAAAGAAAAAUCCAGAAAUCACAAUGUAUGAUUUUUUUAAUGAUUUAAGAUCAUAUUUGUGUGAUACAGCUGCAAAUAAGUAUUUGAACACCUGAGAAAUCGUUGGAAUUGUUAAUAUUUGGUACAGUAGCCUUUUUUUGCAAUUACAGAGGUCAAACGUUUCCUGUAGUUGUUCACCAAGUUUGCACACACUUCAAGAGGGAUUUUGGCCCAUCAGAUCUUCUCUAGAUCAGACAGGUUUCUGGGCUUUCGAUGAGAAACACGGCGUUUCAGCUCCCUCCAAAGAUUUUCUAUUGGGUUUAGGUUUGGUGACUGCAGAGGCCACGCCAGCACCUUGAUAUGCUUUUUAAGGAGCCACUCCUUGGUUUUCCUGGUUGUGUGUUUCGGGUCAUUGUCAUGUGGAAAGACCCAGCCACGACCCAUUUUCAAUGCUCUGACUGAAGGAAAGAGGUUGUUCCCCAAAAUCUCACAAUAUGGCCGCAGUCAUCCUCUCCUCAAUACGGUGCAGUUGUCCUGUCCCAUGUGCAGAAAAACACCCCCAAACCAUGAUACUACCACCCCCAUGCUUCACAGUAGGGAUGGUGUUCUUGGGAUGGAACUCAUCAUUCGUCUUUAUGACCAAAAAGUUCCAUUUUGGUGUCAUCUGACCACAAAACUUUCUUCCAUGACUCCUCCGUAUCAUCCAAUUUGUCAUUGGCAAACUUAAGACGGGCCUUGGCAUGUGCUGCUUUAAGCAGGGGAACCUUCCGUGCCAUGCGUGAUUUCAAACCAUGUCUUAGUGCAUUACCAACAGUCGCCUUGGAAAUGGUGGUCCCAGCUCUUUUCAGGUCAUUGACCAAGUCCUGUCGUGUAGUCCUGGGCUGAUUCCUCACCUUUGUAAGGAUCAUUGAGACCUCACGAGGUGAUAUCUUGCAUGGGGUUCCACUCCGAUUGAGAUUGACCAUCGGGUUUAGCUUCUUCCAUUUUCUAACGAUUGCUCCAACAGUGGACCUUUUUUCACCAAGCUGCUUAACAAUUUCUCCGUCGCCCUUUCCAGCCGUGUGGAGUUGUACAAUUGUAUCUCUGGUGUCUUUGUACAACUCUUUGGUCUUGACCAUGUUACAAGUUGCAGUCUGACUGAUUGCAUGGGGUGGACAGGUGUCUACAUUGCGUCAUGUAUGACAUUAAAAAUCACAAAUUUCUGCCUUUCAAAAAUUACAUUUAUGAUCUGGGAGAGAUAAAAUUAAAAAAAAACCCUCCCAAAUAAGGUACAUUUUUCAGUUAUUAUCAUUAGUUAAUUCACUAUCUUGUCCUUCAUUCACAAUGUUAGCUCCCGGAAUAUAUUGAUUU